AUGUCCUCCAACACCACCAAGCCCUUCACCCCCACCACCGAACUCCACGACCUAGGCGCCACCCGCUUCGACCGCGACACCGCCGCACCUUCCGAUCGCGACACAGCCCUACUCCACCGCCAUCCUGCAGUCCCCGUCAUCACUCCGCAAGGCCGCGCACCACCCGGUCUAGAAGCCAAAGUGCACGAAUGGACGACGUUCCGGUUUACAACAGAGGAUGUAGAUCGCGUCGAGGAGUUGAAGGGUGAUUUGCAUGGUGGGAUGUUGCAUCGGGUUAAUCGGGCUGCGAGGGGAGAAGUGGGUGGGGGCCCUGUGAUGAGACGUGGAGGAAAAGGAAGGAAUGAAGAUAUGGCUCAGGAGACUACGCUUUGUGGGGGGAGGAAGGGGGAGGGAGAUGUGGCGCCGGUAGCUAAGGGUAUGGCGGAGGAGAUGGGGAAGGAUAUGUUUUGGAGUGAGCCGAUUGUUUGA